AUGCACGCCAGAGGCUGUGGGCGGCAGCGAAGGGAUGGUAUUCCAGUUACUGAACUCUCAGCAAGCAGACCUUCUGAAAGUCAUGAUCUUCUUCAUAAAAGGCCUUGUGUAAAAAAUGAACUUUUGCCCAGUCAUCAUCUUGAAUUAUCAGAAAAAAAGUUCCAGCUCAAACAAGAUAAAAUGAAUUUUUCCACUAAAAUUACAAAUGGAGGAGCACCAAUAAAAUCACAAAUGGAAUUCAAGGCAGAGCAGCAGGCUCAGGGUCUUCCAUUUCUUCCGAGCUCCAACCUUUCACUGGGUAUUUUCAGGGGUAAUGAUGAGACUAUUGGAUGUGAAGAUAUUCUUAAUGAGCCGUCACAAAGUGAACUAAUGGAAGAACCAGACUUGAUGGCGGAAUAUAAACUCGGUUUCCUAUAA